CGGCGCGGCGCAGCGGCGGGGCGGGCGGGCGGCGAGCGCUGACGGGCAGCGGGCGACGUGGCCAUGGGGCGCCGCGCAGGGCUGCCUCCCCUCCCGGCCGCCACCCUCCUCCUCCUCCUCCUCCUGCCCCGCUGCGCCGCCGCAGCCGCCCUCGUGCUGCGCGGCCGCCGGGCGGGGGGCAACGAGAGGCCCAUCAUCGGGAUAUUGUCACAGGAAUGUCACUUUGAGAAGUUCCACAAAUUUGGAAGCUCUUAUAUUGCAGCUUCCUAUGUGAAGUUUUUGGAAUCUGCCGGUGCCCGAGUUGUGCCAAUAAGAUUAAAUCUUUCAGAUGAAGAAUAUGAUAAAAUAUUCCACUCUAUUAAUGGGGUACUUUUUCCAGGAGGUGGUGUGGAUCUUAAGACUUCAGAAUAUUCCAGGGUUGCUAAGAUAUUUUACCACAAGGCAUUAGAGGCUAAUGACAAUGGUGAUUAUUUCCCAGUAUGGGGAACGUGUCUUGGACAUGAAGAGCUUACAUAUCUCACAAGUGGCGAAGUUUUACUUGUUAACACCAAGACAAAUGGUUUUGCACUCCCGCUGAACUUUACCUCAGCUGCAAAAGACAGCAGAUUAUUCAAGAACUUCCCUGACGAUGUAUUACAUGCAUUUGCUACUGAGCCAUUGACAUCAAACUUUCAUAUGUGGAGCCUCUCCAUGGAGAAUUUCACAAAGAAUGAAAAGCUUCAUAGUUUCUAUAAUGUUCUGACCACUAACACCGACAAUGAAGUGGAGUUUAUAUCUACCAUGGAAGCAUACAAAUAUCCAAUUUAUGGUGUCCAGUGGCAUCCAGAGAAAAGUCCUUUUGAGUGGAAGAAUUCACCAGGCAUUCCACAUUCCCCAGCAGCUGUAAAAGCAGCAUAUUAUAUAGCUGACUUCUUUGUUAAUGAAGCCCGGAAGAGCCUGCACCAUUUCACCAGUGAAGAUGAGGAAACAAAAGAAUUGAUUUAUAAUUAUAUUCCAGUUUAUACAGGAACAUUUUCUUCAUUUCAACAAAUCUAUUUUUUUGAUUGAGUAUCGUGUCAAAGGUGCAGUGUUACUAUCUAUAAAUGGAAUUAUUUGCCAAUAUUGCGUAAUUAAGCUGAUAUAGUGCACUGCAUGUGACAGAAAGCCAGAAUAGUUCUCUUCCUUUACAAUGAUUUAUCCUGUGUUUCUUGUGUACUGUUCUUCUGUACUGUUGGACCAUUAAUAUAAAAAUUUACAUUCAAUAAUAUAAUAAUUGUCUUAGAUUGCACUUAAAUGCAAGCUAAAGAAAAGUACAUUUUUCUUCGAGGGAAGAGGUCUUGUUUAUGUUUAUAAACUUGGAAGUAAUCAAGCUUAGUACAAGGGAAAAAACACAGUGUUCUUAUUUUUUAAAAUAUGAGAGUUAUCUUUGUAAAAUGUUGUGGACUAUGGUAGCACUGAGGGCUUAGAUACAUUGCUUAGUAAAAUCCUGUCAUUUUCAAAUCAUAUUUAACAAAUGAGACUCUUGGGUUUGUUGUAAAUGUGUGUAUGUAACCAAGUUCUUGACAGGGACUAUUUUGUUUGAAAAUUUGACCAAAAUAGUAAGGAAGCAUGAGAGCAAAGAGACAUUUUUGUCUAAAAGCACAUGUGUUAUCCCAUUUGUGAAACUGUUUCUCUUUUAAGUUCAGCAUUGUUUGGAGUGCUUAUGCCUUGUGAAGUCCACGUAAAUACAAGCAUGCAGCGUAAACUAGGCAUUGCAAGUAUCAGGUAAAAUAAGAAAAUUUGGAGGGCAUAGUUAAGUGCUGAUUCCAUUCUCUAUUAUCUUCAUAUUUGGUUUUAUAUAUCCUCCAAGAAUCCCUCUGAGAGUAGCCCAAGCCAAAAGGCAGAUACGAGAUGCAAACAUCCAGUUCUUUGUAUUUAAAGGAAUGUAAGCUUAGUUUUUUCUUUACAUAGUCUGACUUUCUGUAUCUACUGGAUAGAAUUCUCAUUUUGAGUCAAGAGGUAGUUUGUCAUCAACUUAGUAAAGACAGUAGUUUCUUUCUGUCCUGUUGAAUAGUUUAAUGCAGCUAGAAUUAGAACAGCAGAUGAAUGUAUAUGAAAAACCUGUUAAUGUUGACAUAAUGUGGUAACAGCAGUUGCAUUCAAUACACUGUGAUAACUUUUUUUUUUCAUCUUUGGUUUGCUGCACACAGUGAAAAUUUUGUUUUGUGUGAUGUCCAAACUAAGAUGAGACAAUCAAAUAUAACUCUACUGUAUCGCACAGCUUCCAAACUCUGUUAACAUCAAUAGGGAUUUGGAUUUUAUGAAGAAUUCAGGUUUAUACCUCAGCUUUGUGUUAUAGUAACUUACACUCUCAAGUACCAUAUCUGAAUAAAGCUGGUACAUUUCUCAGGUUUUUGAAGUAAAAGACUCUCUAACUUGUUCUUUAUCAUGGAACAACUACGUAACUAUAAGGAAACAUUAACUGUGACUACCAGAAAUACGCUACCAGGUAAUUACAAAUUAAAUGUGAUAUUGCAGAUUAUUUCUACAUUUGUCACAUCAGCCAAAUUCAGUAAAUGGAACUCGCUUUUAACAUAGGUGACUUCAUAACGCUAACUUUAUUAGCUGAUGGAUGAGUAGAACCAGGUGUAAGAAGAGAAUUAUGCUCUACAGUUGCAUAUAAAUGUAGCAGCUAAGAUACAAACCAAGACUAGUCUUCUACUUCUUGUUCAGGCUGUUUCUUCAGAAUAGCUCUAAGAAUUUUCCUAAGUAAGGAGGGCAGGAUUAAGCCUUAAAAACAGGGGUCAGUCUUGCAAGUGAAAUGUCUUUUAACUGCAAUGGUGGCAAUUAGUUCCUAAAUGUGUAAUUACAAGUAAUACUGUGUAAUAUGAUGGGAGAGCAGUGUGUAUAUUGUGAAUCUGUAUGUGUCUUUCCUUUACAUCCUUAAUCUUGCAAAGCCUUAUUUGAUGGUGUCCAUGAAUUUCUAUGAUACAUGAAAUAAAUUUUUAUUCAGGCA